UCUUCGGUUCGUUUCUUCCUCCACCACGGCCAGCCCGAGAUGUACGACAUUGAGACUCCAAUUAGAGCCUACUUUGGACAAGUCCUCACUGCAAAAUUCAACGAGUUAGUAGUCCAUUAUGAUGGCAUGCCACCUCUUCACACGUAUUCGGAUGGUCUAGUCUUUGAGACUGUGUUAUGAAACUUGUGCGCGUAUUUUAUGAUUAUCCUGUAACAGGGGAACCCCUCUAAUCCAGACACCAAUGGAAAAGUGGAGUGUUCUGUAUUUCAUUGUAACUGAAUUGUCUAGAAAAAGAGAAAAAGUGUCCUCAUUUCAGAGGUGUCGUUGGAGAAGGGUUCUACUAUAAUUGAACUCACUCCCCACUCUCUCUUUGCAACCUCUGGUUAUUCUCUCUCCCCCCAUCUCUCUACCUCCACACACACCUUCCCUCUCUCUCUCUCUCUCCCUCCCGAUCACAGUCUGGGCGUGGCGUACGAUACGAUAGAAUUUCUUCUUGGCAACGCAGAAAUGUUGAUGAAUGCCACAAAUAUCUUCUCCAAGUACGUCCCAAACCUUCUCAAGAUUCUGGCAUGGUCACCAAUGACGUUUGUCGCUGAAUUUCUCCAACUCCUUCCUGCUUGCAUCUCACCAACCACAGCUUCUGAGGUUCUCCAUUCCCUGUUUGAUCUGCCCUGCCUCAGUGCCACUCUCCAGGCCCAGUAUUUGGUGGAGGCUGUUCCAAACAUCACGGACCUCAAUCUACUCCCUCAAUACAACCGCUGUCUAGCAAGUUUCCAGGACGCAGCCCACAAGCUAAUGUUUGGCCACUUUCUACGCAGUGAGACUGGGAGAGGAGACACAAUUGAUCGUCUUGGGAACCUCCACCUCCUCCUCUCUGACUUCAGCCAUCACCAGAGAGUACUGGCAGCUGCUCAAAUAGCUCCUCAGCUUGUCAGAAUGUUCUUCAAGGUGGUCCUCCAUGGAGGGGAUGUAGAGCUGGUCUCUCAACUUGUACCAGUUCUCAUUGAGAGAACUGCCCUCCUCUUUGACAUCCCUUCUUUCAUGACUGAGAUGAGAAGGGUGAUAGCUCAACAGUUGCUGGCCAUAUUCAGUCUCUUCCCUCAACUGGUCGUCGAUUAUUGCCGCGACAUCAUUGAAUAUCUCCGAACAUUGCGCAAUCUCACACAAGCUGGAGAGCAUUGCUACGUUCACUUGGUGUGGAUUCUCGGAGAGUACACUCACUUGGGCUACGACUCUCGGUGCACAAGUUCACUUCUGGUGGAGCUUUUCGAGACCCUGGAGCCAGUCACGUACGAGGUGGCCCUCAACCUCCACAGACAGUCUGAGUACUCCACUCGACUGGUUCUGGUUCUCAUGAGCUCCCUCGCCAAGAUUGCGUCCCGUUCCCAGGACCUCAUUCCCCGGGCCCUCCUCUGUCUCAAUAAGAUCGUCCAACUCGGCAAGGAUAGCAGCACGGAAAGCCACACCCACCAAACCCUCCUAAUUAGAGCAAACGAACUGGUCAACGUUCUCAAGAUCCCCAGCAUUGCCUCUGCAGUUCUGAGCCCCGCCCCCCACUGGUCCCGCCCACAGCAGCUGCAACGACAGCUGGACCUCGCACACCUCCUUCAGGCCACCUCUCUCCACUUAGACCAUCACUAGGCACUGUUUACUUGUGUGUGUGUGUGUGUUUAUCACAGUUCUGCUU